GUGCCGUGCUGGCCGCGUGUUGUUCACGGUUUUUUGUUUGUUUGUUGUUGUCCCCCCCAACAAUGGCGCUAGUAUAAAUCCCCCUUGAAGACAAAUCGAUAUACUGUAGUGUCCUUGCUCCAGUGCAAGAUGAUGCAGUUUGUCCUCCUGCUUCAGGUGUGCCUGGUGGGCAUCAGUUUCUCUGUGGCCAGUCCAGGUUGGAAUUUUUUCAUGAGGUUUCCGCCUCAUAAUGACCCCACAGCAAAUGCAAGCCACCAAGUAACUAUCACAGCUACUGGUAUUUGGACUUCAGUCACUGUGAAAGUUCUACAAAGUAACUUCAAGCAGCAUAUAGUUCUCUCUGCCAGCCAAUCGGAGAUCAUUCACUUGCCAUUAUCUGUGGGCGGGGCUAGUGCCCGUUCCUCCUCGCUCCUCAGCGUGACAUCUUUACAACCUGUCAGAGUUUUAGCCACAUUCUGCACCCACACUGGAUGUGAGCAUAGCCUUCUCCAUGAUGUGUCAUCCUGGGGCACCCUCUACUAUCCAGUUACACCAAACUUUCCCAAUCAGACAGGUGUCAGUGAGGUGGUGGUCACCAACUCUGGUAGAGAGACCUCAGUCGACAUCUUCCUCUCAGGAGAAGUCAUCUUUAAUGGAGAUUCAUAUGCUAAGGGAAGUGUCCUUCAGUUGCAUUUAGGGGUGUUUGAGAGCAUCUACCUCCAAAGUAAUGUCAGCCUUUCAGGCUCAAAGCUUUACUCACAAGAACCUGUUGGGUGCAUAGUUGGUUUUACCUGCUUUGAACAUACAGUAGGGAAUUGCUUGUAUGGAUUUGCUGAACUUAAACCAGUCUCUCGUUGGAGUUUUGAAUAUUUUCUUCCCGGUGUGGUAAACGCUGGACUUAACUCCAGCCUCCUCUUGGCUAUGACUAAAAUUAAUGCUGAUCUGGAUGUCAUCACUACAAGUGGGAAGAAUAACUUUUCUUUAAGUGGCGGUGUUAUGAAGACUAUCCCGGUUGUUACAUCAGAUCAUGUUUAUGUAGAGAGCAAUGUCCCACUUCAGCUUAUUUACUUCAGGCAUGACAAUAAGCAGCAUGCUUCUACCCUCACAGCACUGCUCUCUGUAGAUGAUAUCUGCCACACUGGGGCCAUGUUUGAUGCAGAGGACAUUAAUUCACGUAUGGAUAACUUUUCUCAUACAAAUCAUAUCAAAUCUGCUGUUAAGCUUCCUCCUGUGCACACCUUUGCACUGUUACCUAACAAUGAGUCCAGCUCUACUUAUGUGGACGUGGGACACUUUCUGAACACUCUAAACAAAGAGUCGUAUCCAUCAGUGUGUGAAAAAAAUGCAUCAUCCUGUGAAGACUUGCACUGUGGUCACAAACAAAAGUGCUUCAUCAAAAAUGGACAUGCAUCUUGUUAUUCCGAAACGAAAAUAUGCUCGAUGUGGGGUGAUUCAUAUUAUCGCACCUUUGAUGGAACAUUUUUUGUUCUCCUCGGAAACUGCAACUACACCUUAGUUCAAACCACCUGUCCAGGAUUAAAUACUUCACUUACACUACAGAUAUUAAUUGCAAGAGCAUAUUUAAAUGGUGCCACUGUCUCCAGCAUCCACAGUGUGGAAAUGCAAAUCCAAGGAUUUAAUAUAUCCAUGUUAAAAGGAGAGCAAAAUCAAAUUAGGGUAAAUGGACAUGGACGGUACCUGCCUCUUACUUUAAGUAAUGGUUACCUGAAAAUCUAUCAAAGUGGUGCCGGUGUUGUCCUUGACACAUCAUUUGGCUUGACUCUGCAGUAUGACUGGGUUCAUAAUGUCCAGGUGGAAGUAGGCCCAGAGCUGUAUGGAGCUCUAUGUGGGCUUUGUGGAAGCGCCAAUGACAACCGUUCGCAUGACACUAUUUCUUCUAAUGGUCUAGCACCGUCCAAAACAAUGGAUUUUACCUUGCCCUGGGUGUUAGACAGCAAUGCAGGCUCAUGUCUGGAAGACUGUGGACGUGGCCCGUGUCCAGUGUGUAGCCAAAGCACAAGUCUAUUUUACCCUGGCAUUAAAGGUGGCUCCCUUGAGAAUAAGUGCACUUUACUGAAGAGGGCUGAUGGACCUUUUAGUGAUUGCCAUUCUUUAAUUGAUCCUGAGCCCUAUGUUUUUAGUUGUGUAAAUAACCAGUGUCUCAGCGGAUUAGCUGGUUCGGCGUGUACGAUCUUCAAGGCCUAUGCCAAAAUCUGCCAAAGGCUUGGGGGCAGGAUCCAAGACUGGAGAGCAAGCACGAAAUGCUAUCUGGCCUGUCCACUAAAUAGCCAUUUUGAAGUUUGUGGUUCUGCCUGCCAACCAACAUGUGUUAACUCAGAGGCCCAACAUACCUGCUCCCUACCAUGUGUGGAAUCAUGCCAGUGCAACAAGGGUUAUUUGCUAAGUGAUGGCAAGUGUGUCUCGCCUAGCAAAUGUGGAUGUGUCCACAAUGACUCUUACUACCCCCCCACAAAGACCUUCUGGACAGACCGGGAGUGUCAGGAGAAAUGUGUCUGUCAGCCUCAUUCCAAGACUGUUAUGUGCACUGAGUCUCAAUGCCAGGCCGGCGAAGUCUGCAGUGUGAUACGUGGAAUGCCUGGCUGCCACGCAGAUGGACCUGGUCUGUGUGUAGCUAAAGGAGAUGGUCACUAUACCACCUUUGAUGGCCGUAAGUUUGACGUUCAUGGGAACUGCAGUUACUUACUUGCAUCUCACUGUCCCACCUGGGGAGACCUGCAAGACUUCAGCAUUGAGGUUCAGAACCAUAUCAGACCGACCGCCAAUGUUUCCUUUCGACGUGUACAAAUGUCAGUUGCUGGCUUCUCCAUUGAGGUGUCAUAUGAGUGGAGUAACAAGAUCAAGGUGGAUGGUCUGCUAGUAAACCUACCGUCUAUUUUGGGCCAAGGCCAAGUAUUGCUUUAUCUGAAAGGGCAAUCAAGGUGCAUAGAGACAGACUUUGGUGUUGUUGUGACCUAUAGCUCAGACAUCCUAACUAUCACAAUGCCCAGGGGCUUCUCUGAUAAUAUAUGUGGACUGUGUGGGAACUUCAACGACAAUCCUGAGGAUGACCUGAUGCCAGAUGAUACAUUUGAUAUAGUUCAAGCUGUCAGUCAAUGGAGAACAAGCAAUGAACGUGAAUGUUUGGAUCUCCCUAGAAACACCUCAGGUUGCAGUCAACAAGAGCAAGCUCUUUUUCAGGGCAAGGAUUUCUGUGGAAUGUUCUUGGAUCCUGAGGGGGCAUUCCAAAGCUGCCACAAAAUGGUGGAUCCCCAAGAUUUUUAUGAUAACUGUGUUUAUGGUCUUUGCAAUGGGAAUCUGAUGACCCUGUGCCAGAUCCUGUCCAGCUAUGUCGCAGUGUGUCAAGAAGUGGGAGCUUUAGUAGAUGAAUGGCGAGAAUCCAAUUUCUGUUUGAUCACUUGCCCACCCAACAGUGAAUACCACCUCUGUUCCAGUCACAAGUCUACCUGUGUACAAAACCCAAGUCCUCUUUCAGAGAGAUGCAAAGAGGGCUGUUAUUGCAAGCCUGGGUUUUUCCACAGUAGUGGGGAAUGUGUUCCAGAAUCUGAAUGUGGCUGCAGUCAUAAUGGUGUUUACUACAAAAUCCAUGAAAACUUCCACCCUGAUGAAAACUGUCUUAAGUCCUGUGUUUGCUUGGGCCGCAAUGAAGUGCAGUGUACAAACAACACGUGUCCAGCUGAAACUAAGUGUGUCAACAAACAUGGCCGGCGUGCAUGCCAUACUUCUCAAUUAAAAUGUGUAGUCAUGGGCGGGAGACACCUCCAGACCUUUCAUGGACAACCCUUUGAUUUGAAAUUUGGAAAUAGUUCUUAUCUCCUUUUCCAACAUUGUGAUGAUCCUGGGCUUUAUGCUGGUGUCCAACAAGGCCAACUUCACCUCAGAAUCCAUGGCAUGAACCUGACAUUGACCUGGAAGAAUUUGGCGAAAGUAAAGAUUGAUGGGGUUUUGAUGGCCCUUCCUGUUCAUAAGAAUGGCGUCGCAGUAAUGCUCUCCGGCUCGCUGGUCCGUGUCAUUUGUCCUGACAUUGGAAUUGUGGUAAUCUAUGGAGGACCUAAUCUGAUACAAUUAGCUAUUCAAGUGACUCAUAAAAGACUUUGUGGCUUGUGUGCAAAUGCUGCUGCUAUGGCUACAGAGGAGCAAGGAAGUCUGAUGACAAAUCAUUCCAUAACGCCACUUUCCUUGUGCCUUUCACCUGGAGCAAAUUGCAAUGUUGACUGUUAUAACUGUUCUCAAUGCAACACCACCAUGGAAUUUGCCUCAGAUAGCCUUUGUGGCUUGCUGCUUGCUUCUGAAGGGUCAUUUGGUGCUUGCCAUUCUACUGUGGACCCAAUGCCAUUUUUCCAGAACUGUGUGAAUGACCUGUGCAGGUCUAAUAACGAUGACUUGCUUUGUGAUAGCUUGAGACUGUACACGUUUGCCUGCCAGGAUGCAGGAGCUGAGGUUAAACCAUGGAGGGGUGAUAAGUGUGGACUUUCAUGCCCUCAGCACUCCCAUUACAAAAUAUGUGUUAGUGCAUGUUCUGUGUCCUGUGGUGUUUUAUCUGAUGAACCCUGUCCAUGGCCCUGCUAUGAAGGAUGUCAAUGUGACGCUGGAUACGCGCAAAGUGAAAAAGGCUGUGUCAGAAAUGAGAAAUGUGGCUGUUUCUUCCGUGGGCAAUACCAUGAGGUUGGAGAGGUCGUGUGGAAUGAAGGCUGCUCGAAGCGGUGUAGCUGCUGUUCCACUGCCACCCUGUGUUGCAGACCAGCUUCUUGCCCCAGGGGGCAGAGCUGCGUCCUUAAUCAAACCUGGCACUGUGCAGAGAAAACCUUGUCAUGCCCAGUGAAUAGCCAUUAUAAGUCCUGUGGAACUGCCUGUCCUGCCACAUGUGAAGCUCCGUUUAUUUCAUCCUGCAACCUGGCUUGUGUGGAGGGAUGCCUGUGUGACCCUGGAUUCAUUCUGGAUGGUGACACUUGUGUCCACCCAUCUCAGUGUGGCUGUAAUUACGAUGGACGUCGUUACCGUAGCAAUGAGACCUUUUGGGCCGAUGAUUCAUGCACUCGACAAUGUAUAUGUGACCCCAACUCGCACAAAGUGUUUUGCCGUGUGGCUUAUUGCGGCGCUGAAGAAUAUUGUGAUCUUCAGGAUGGACUCAGAAGUUGUGUAAAUCAUGACUAUCAGAUGUGCGCCUACACUGGAAAUCACAUACGCACCUUUGACCAGUGCAACUAUGAUUUUCAUGGCACCUGCCAGUAUCAGUUACUUGGCAUUUGCGAACAAAAGAAAGGUCUAGAUGUCAAAGUGCAUGUUCAGACAGAUGAGCAUCUUCAGUCAGCACGAAAGGUCUUAGUCGCCAUAAAUGGACAGCUUAUGAAGAUUGACAGUAAAAAUACAGACACCAUAAAGGUUAAUGGCAUAAAGCGAAACAUGCCAUUUUACCCCAGCAAUACUGCGUUGGUGUUUUCACUAGGCCUUCACACUUACAUCUACACAGAGGGCUUUGGAUUGAGUAUUAGCAAAGAAGGGACUGUAAUCAUUGGCCUCUCUAGUAAAUAUGCUAAUGCUACUUGUGGUCUAUGUGGUAACUUCAACUCUGAUCCUGCUGAUGAUCUCACAGUAAAUGGCACACAAGAGCAACUCAAUCCCGAGCAAUUUGGGAAAGCUUGGAGAAGUGGACAGAACCACUGGUGUGUUGAAGGCUGUGUAGCUAGAAGCUGUCCAAAUUGUUCAUCUGAGGCUUUGGACCACUUCUCUGACCCAGGGGCUUGUGGAAAGAUUCUGGAAGUUAAUGGACCAUUCAGAGACUGUCAUAGCAAAGUGGACCCCUCCAGCUUUUAUAAGAACUGUGUCCGUGACCUGUGUCUUUAUGGAGAUGUGCAGCCCACAGUGUGUCGCUCCCUGGCAGAGUAUGCUGAUGUCUGCCUUUAUCGCAAGGCUCUAGUUUAUGCCUGGAGGAGCCCUGAGUUUUGCUAUGAAUCCUGUCCCUCCAAUACCAUCUACAAUAUGAGUACUGCCCCAAUUCACAUUUGCAUUGGUUGGUACAACUACACAUUUGAGCUCCUUCCAAACAUAGGAGAAAACUGCCUAUGUGACGCAGGUUUAGUCCACAGUGGAAAUGGCUGUGUGCAACCGAACAACUGCGGCUGCUUGCACAAUGGGGAAUAUUUCACACCAGGGGAGGUGGUGUCUACAUGUGACCAAAAGUGUUUAUGUCAUCCUGGGGGAAACUUGACGUGUGUUGAUGUGCCAUGUAGUGAGCAGGAAGAGUGUAAACUUAUCGAAGGCAUUCGAGGUUGCCACCCCAAAGCUAAAAUGACCCACUGCUCUAUUAAUGGAUCCCAGUAUACCACAUUUGACGGAUGGGUGUUUGAAUUUCAAGGUUCAUGCAACUACACUUUGGUACAAACUUGCUCUCCUAAGGACCUUGAUGUAGAGCCCCUUUUUAUAAGUGUGCUUGGUAACAAUAGUGAAAGGAAACAGAUCUAUCUGCAUGUCAAUAACAUGACUUUUAAGAUGUCAACUGCCUAUGCUGGCAAAAUCCAGGUUAAUGGACUUUACCAGAACCUCACAUUCUCUCAGAACAAUGUCACAGUGCAACAGAAAAAUAAGUUGAUGACAUUCAAGACUGCAAAUUCUGUUGAGAUUAUUACCGACCUGCAUGACCACAUAGAGGUCAAGCUUCCAAAAAAUUACCGCCAGACAACAUGUGGCCUCUGUGGGAACUACAAUGGUGACCCCUCAGAUGACAUGCAGCUACCCAACGGCACUGCCGUCUCUAAUCCCGACGUAUUUGGUAGUGGAUGGAAGUUGUCUGACUCUGAAUCCUCAUGCAGCGACACAUGUGACAGCACUUGCCAACGGUGUCUAUCCCCCAUAUCAGAGUAUGCAUCAGACCUGUACUGUGGUCUUGUCAAAACGCCAAAAGGACCCUUUUCUUUGUGUCACCCUCAAGUAUUCCCACAGAAGUACUACUCUCUCUGCAUGAAAAACGUUUGUGCUACAGACGGCCAAAAGCAGGCUUUAUGUGAUGCACUGGCAUUAUAUGAGGCAGCGUGCAAAGUGGCUGGCGUCAGUGUUGACCAAUGGAGGAACAGCACGGGCUGUGCUCCAAAAUGUCCUCAAUUCAGCCAUUACAGUCAGUGUGCAAAUGUUUGCUCCUCCUUGUGUCCUGGGAUAAAUCUUGCCAUGCAGUGUCCCAGGCAGUGUGAGGAAGGAUGCCAGUGUGACAAUCAGCAUCUUUAUGAUGGCCAUGCAUGUGUGCCAGCUGAUCAAUGUGGCUGCAUGUACAAUGGAAGGAGAUUUAACAUCUCUGAAAGCCAACUUCUACAAAAUUGCACUGUUAACUGCACCUGUGGACCUCCUCUUGUUUGUGAGGAGCACAAGUGUCCCCCACCACACGGUUGUAUGGAUUUAGAUGGCAAUUUUAUUUGCCACAAAGAGGAAGAGUGUGAGCCUUUCGGAGGCGUUAAAGAUUGCCACCCCAAAGCUAAAAUGGCCCACUGCUCCAUUAAUGGAUCCCAGUUUACCACGUUUGAUGGACUGGCGUUUGAAUUUCAUGAUUCCUGCAACUACACUCUGGUACAAACUUGCUCUCCCAAAGACCUUAAUGUGGAGCCACUUGUGAUAAGUGUGCAUAGUAACUACAGUGAAGGCAAAAACAUACAUCUCCGUGUCAAUAACGUGACUUUUGAGAUGUCAACUGCCUAUCCUGGCAAAAUAAAGGUUAAUGGACUUUACCAAAGCCUCACGUUCUCUGAGAACAAUGUGACUGUGCAACAAAAAAAUAAAUGGACGGCAUUAAAGACUGCACAUUCUGUAGAGAUUAUUACCGACCUGCACAACCACAUAGAGGUCAAGCUCCCAAUAAAUUACCGCCAGUUAACAUGUGGCCUCUGUGGGAACUACAAUGGUGACCCCUCAGAUGACAUGCAGCUGCCCAAUGGCACUGCUGUCUCUAAUCCUGAUGUAUUUAGUAGUGGAUGGAAGUUGUCUCACUCUGAAUCAUCAUGCAACGACACAUGUGACAGCACUUGCCAACGGUGUCUAUCCCCCGUGUCAGAGUAUGCAUCAAACCUAUACUGUGGUCUUGUCAACCAGCCAAGUGGACCCUUUUCUUUGUGUCACCCUCAAAUAUUCCCACAGAAGUACUACUCACUUUGCAUGAAAAACCUUUGUGCUGCAGACGGCCAAAAGCAGGCUUUGUGUGGUGCACUAGAGGUAUAUGAGGCAGCGUGCAAUGUUGCUGGAGUCAGUGUUGACCAAUGGAGGAACCGCACAGGCUGUGCUCCAAAAUGUCCUCAAUUCAGCCAUUACAGUCAGUGUGCAAAUGUCUGCUCCUCCUUGUGUCCUGGGAUAAAUCUUGCUAGGCAGUGUUCCAGACUGUGUGAGGAAGGAUGCCAAUGUGACACCCAGCACCUUUAUGAUGGCCAUGCAUGUGUGCCAGCUGAUCAAUGUGGCUGCAUGCACGAUGGGAGGAGAAUUAAGGUCUCUGAAAGCCAACUUUUACAAAAUUGCACUGUUAACUGCACCUGUGGACCUCCCCUCGUUUGUGAGUUGCACAAGUGUCCCCCACUGCACAGAUGUAUGGUUUUAAAUGAAACAGCCAGUUGCCACAAAGAGAAGGAAAAGUGUAAACUUCUUGGAGACAUUGAAGGUUGCCACCCCAAAGCUAAAAUGACCCACUGCUCCAUUAAUGGAUCCCAGUAUACCACGUUUGAUGGACUGGUGUUUGAAUUUCAUGGUUCCUGCAAUUACAGUCUGGUGCAAACUUGCUCUCCCAAGGGCCUUGGUGUAGAGACACUUUUGAUAAGUGUGCGUGGCAAGCACAGUGAAAGCAAAGAGAUCUCUCUGCAUGUCAAUAACAUGACUUUUAAGAUGUCAACUUUUUAUCCUGGCAAAAUUAAGGUUAAUGGACUUUACCAGAACCUUACAUUCUCUCAGAACAAUGUGACUGUCCAACAGAAAAAUAAGUGGAUGACCUUUAAAAUUGCACAUUCGGCAGAAAUUAUUACCGACCUACACAACUACAUAAAGGUCAACCUUCCAAAUAAUUACAGCCAGACAUGUGGCCUCUGUGGGAACUACAAUGGUGACCCCUCAGAUGACAUGCAGCUACCCAAUGGCACUGCUGUCUCUAAUCCCGAUGUAUUUGGUAGUGGAUGGAAGUUGUCUGACUCUGAAUCCUCAUGCAGCGACACAUGUGACAGCACUUGCCAACGAUGUCUAUCCCCCGUGUCAGAGUAUGCAUCAGACCUGUACUGUGGCCUUGUCAACCAGCCAAGUGGACCCUUUUCCUUGUGUCACCCUCAAAUAUUCCCACAGAAGUACUACUCACUUUGCAUGAAAAACCUUUGUGCCGCAGACGGCCAAAAGCAGGCUUUAUGUGAUGCACUAGCAUUAUAUGAAGCAGCGUGCAAAGUAGCUGGCGUCAGUGUUGACCCCUGGAGCAACAGCACGGGCUGUGCUCCAAAAUGUCCUCAAUUCAGCCAUUACAGUCAGUGUGCAAAUGUUUGCUCCUCCUUGUGUCCUGGGAUAAAUCUUGCCAUGCAGUGUCCCAGGCAGUGUGAGGAAGGAUGCCAGUGUGACGAUCAGCAUCUUUAUGAUGGCCGUGCAUGUGUGCCAGCUGAUCAAUGUGGCUGCAUGUACAAUGGAAGGAGAUUUAACAUCUCUGAAAGACAACUUCUGCAAAAUUGCACUGUUAACUGCACCUGUGGUCCUCCCCUUGUUUGUGAGGAGCACAAGUGUCCCCCACCACACGGUUGUAUGGUUUUAGAUGGAAAUUUUAUUUGCCACAAAGAGGAAGAGUGUGAGCCUUUCAGAGGCGUUAAAGAUUGCCACCCCAAAGCUAAAAGGGCCCACUGCUUCAUUAAUGGAUCCCAGUAUACCACGUUUGAUGGACUGGUGUUUGAAUUUCAUGAUUCCUGCAACUACACUCUGGUACAAACUUGCUCUCCCAAAAACCUUAAUGUGGAGCCACUUCUGAUAAGUGUGCGGGGCAACCACAGUGAAGGCAAACAGAUACAUCUGCAGGUACAUAACAUGACUUUUGAGAUGUCAACUGCCUAUCCUGGCAAAAUAAAGGUUAAUGGACUUUACCAGAACCUCACGUUCUCGGAGAACAAUGUGACUGUGCAACAGAAAAACAAGUUGAUGACAUUCAAGGCUGUACAUUCUGUUGAGAUUAUUUCUAACCUGCACAACCACAUAGAGGUCAAGCUUCCAAAAAAUUACCGCCAGUUAACAUGUGGCCUCUGUGGGAACUACAAUGGUGACCCCUCAGAUGACAUGCAGCUGCCCGACGGCACUGCAGUCUCUAAUCCUGACGUAUUUGGUAGUGGAUGGAAGUUGUCUGACUCUCAAUCAUCAUGCAACGACACAUGUGACAGCACUUGCCAACGGUGUCUAUCCCCCGUGUCAGAGUAUGCAUCCGACCUAUACUGUGGCCUUGUCAACCAGCCAAGUGGACCAUUUUCCUUGUGUCACACUCAAAUAUUCCCACAGAAGUACUACUCACUUUGCAUGAAAAACCUUUGUGCUGCAGACGGCCAAAAGCAGGCUUUGUGUGGUGCACUAGAGGUAUAUGAGGCAGCGUGCAAAGUGGCUGGAGUCAGUGUUGACCCCUGGAGGAACAGCACAGACUGUGCUUCAAAAUGUCCUCAAUUCAGCCAUUACAGUCAAUGUGCAAAUGUUUGCUCCUCCUUGUGUCCUGGGAUGAGUCUUGCCAUGCAAUGUCCCAGACAGUGUGAGGAAGGAUGCAGGUGUGACUCUAGACACCUUUAUGAUGGCCAUGCAUGUGUGCCAGCCGAUCAAUGUGGCUGCAUGUACAAUGGGAAGAGAAUUAAGGUCUCUGAAAGCCAACUUCUACAAAAUUGCACUGUUAACUGCACGUGUGGACCUCCCCUUGUCUGUGAGGAGCACAGGUGUCCCCCACUGCACAGUUGUAUGGUUUUAAAUGGAACUGUUGUCUGCCACAAAGAGGAGGAAGAGUGUAAGUUUCUCGGAGGCGUUCAAGGUUGCCAUCCCAAGGCUAAAAUGUCCCACUGCUUCGUUAAUGGAUCCCAGUAUACCACAUUUGAUGGACUAGCAUAUGAAUUUCAUGGAUCAUGCAACUACACUCUGGUCCAAACUUGCUCUCUAAAGGACCUUGAUGUGGAGCCACUUUUGAUAAGUGUGCGUGGUAACCACAGUGAAGGCAAAGAGAUAUAUCUGCAUGUCAAUAACAUGACUUUUAAGAUGUCAACUUCCUAUCCUGGCAAAAUCCAGGUUAACGGAGUUUACCAGAACCUCACAUUCUUGCAGUACAAUGUGACUGUGCAACAGAAAAAUAAAUGGACGACAUUCAAGACUGCACAUUCUGUAAAGAUUAUUACCGACCUGCACAACCACAUAGAGGUCAAGCUUCCAAAGAAUUAUCACUUGACAACCUGUGGCCUCUGUGGGAACUACAAUGGUGACCCCUCAGAUGACAUGCAGCUACCCAAUGGCAGUGCGGUCUCUAAUCCCGACAUAUUUGGUAGUGGAUGGAAGUUGUCUGACUCUGAAUCCUCAUGCAGCGACACAUGUGACAGCACUUGCCAACGGUGUCUAUCCCCCGUGUCAGAGUAUGCAUCGGACCUGUACUGUGGCCUUGUCAACCAGCCAAGUGGACCCUUUUCCUUGUGUCACCCUCAAAUAUUCCCACAGAAGUACUACUUGCUUUGUAUGAAAAACCUUUGUGCUGCUGAUGGCCAAAAGCAGGCUUUGUGUGAUGCACUUGAAGAAUAUGAGGCAGUGUGUAAAUUUGCUGGAGUCCGUGUUGACCAAUGGCGGAACAGCACAGACUGUGCUCAAAAAUGCCCUCAAUUCAGUCAUUACAGUCAGUGUGCAAAUGUCUGCUCCUCCUUGUGUCCUGGGAUGAGUCUUGCCUUGCAGUGUCCCAGACAAUGUGAGGAAGGAUGCCAAUGUAACACUCAGCACCUUUAUGAUGGCCAUGCAUGUGUGCCAGCUGAUCAAUGUGGCUGCAUGUACGAUGGGAGGAAAAUUAAGGUAUCUGAAAGCCAACUUCUACAGAAUUGCACAGUUAACUGCACCUGUGGACCUCCCCUCGUUUGUGAGGAACACAAGUGUCCCCCACUGCAAAGUUGUAUGGUUUUAGAUGGAAAUUUUAGUUGCCACAAAGAGGAAGAGUGUGAGCCUUUCGGAGGUGUUAAAGGUUGCCACCCCAAAGCUAAAAUGGUCCAUUGCUCUGUUAAUGGAUCCCAGUAUACCACGUUUGAUGGACGGAUGUUUGAAUUUCAUGGUUCAUGCAACUACACUUUGGUACAAAUUUGCUCUCUCAAGGGCCCCGAUGUGAAGCCACUUUUGAUAAGUGUGCAUGGUAACCACAGUGAAGGCAAAGAGAUCUAUCUGCAUGUCAAUAACAUGACUUUUAAAAUAUCAUCUGCCUUUCCUGGCAAAAUCCAGGUAAAUGGACUUUAUCAAAACCUUACAAUUUCCCAAAACAAUGUGACUGUGCAACAGAAAAAUAAAUGGAUGACAUUCAAGACUGCACAUUCUGUGGAGAUUAUUACUGACCUGCACAACCACAUAGAGGUCAAGCUCCCAAAGAAUUAUCGCCAGACAACCUGUGGCCUCUGUGGGAAUUACAAUGAUGACCCCUCAGAUGACAUGCAGCUGCCCAAUGGCACUGCUGUCUCUAAUCCUGAUGUAUUUGGUAGUGGAUGGAAGUUGUCUCACUCUGAAUCCUCAUGCAGCGACACAUGUGACAGCACUUGCCAACGGUGUCUAUCCCCCGUGUCAGAGUAUGCAUCGGAUCUGUACUGUGGCCUUGUCAACCAGCCAAGUGGACCCUUUUCCUUGUGUCACCCUCAAAUAUUUCCACAAAAGUACUACUCACUUUGCAUGAAAAACCUUUGUGCUGCAGACGGCCAAAAGCAGGCUUUGUGUGAUGCACUAGAGGUAUAUGAGGCAGCGUGCAAAGUGGCUGGAGUCAGUGUUGACCAAUGGAGGAACCACACAGGCUGUGCUCCAAAGUGUCCCGAUUUCAGCCAUUACAGUCAGUGUGCAAAUGUUUGCUCCUCCUUGUGUCCUGGGAUGAGUCUUGCCAUGCAGUGUUCCAGACUGUGUGAGGAAGGAUGCCAAUGUGAUGCGCUGCACCUUUAUGAUGGCCACGCAUGUGUGCCAGCCGAUCAAUGUGGCUGCAUGCAGGAUGGGAGGAGAUUUAACGUAUCUGAAAAUCAACUUCUACAAAAUUGCACUGUUAACUGUACCUGUGGACCUCCCCUAGUUUGUGAGGAGCACAAGUGUCCCCCACUGCACAGUUGUAUGGCUUUAGAUGGAAUGGACUGGUGCCGCAAAGAUGAGCAAACCCUAGAUGAUCCCUCUGAGGGGAAAUGUGACCCCUCUGAGAGUUACUACCUGAGCAAUGGUGAACCUGUUUGUGAGAGCCGCCCGGGUCGGUGCUGGACGUGGGGAAGCCAGCAUUACCGCUCCUUUGAUGGGGUCAACUAUGAUGUGGAUGGUACCUGCACAUAUCUGCUUUCAGGUAGCAAAGGUGCCACCUGUGGUGCUCCAUCUUUCAGCGUGUCCAAGAAGAACAAUUGCAAAGAGUCCCUCGUGCAGUUGGUGACAAUACAGGUGUAUGGGUUCAUCAUCAAGCUUGGUCACAAGGACAGUAUAUAUGUUAAUGAAGAAGUCAAAUAUAUUCCUUUUACUCUUUUUCACGGUAAGAUUGAAAUGUCAAACAAGGACAACAAGGCUCUACUAAAGACAGACUUUGGGCUGCAUGUUUUGUUUGACUGGAAUACUACGAUUUUCAUCACACUAAAGCCGCAUUACAAAGGCAUUGUCUAUGGUCUUUGUGGCAAUUUUAACGAUGAUCCUCAAGAUGAAUAUACAGUUAAUGGACCUGGUUCCCCUCCGGUUAAAACAAGUGUAGAGUUAGCUCAGGCUUAUCGCCUUUUUGAUGGCGAGCAGAAGUGUUGUAGCGGUUGUUGUAUAAAGAAGAAACUGGAUGUUGCUACAUUGCUGGAAGAUGUGGCUUAUGGAGAACCUUCCAGUGGAAAAAGUUCCUGUGCUGAUUUUGUAUAUCCAGCUGGUCAAUAUGCACAGUGCCACAGUCUUGUCAACCCAGACUCCUUUUUUCAAAGUUGUGUAUCAGACCUCGCAUUUAAAGGUGUAAAAGCUGCUGUUGACCAGACUACAUCAACGUAUUCCUUGGUUUGUAAAGAACUCAAUGAAGACUUCCUCUUUGGAGUGACAGCUCCUAUUCGCUGUCCACCGAACAGCCACUAUAAGACUUGUGGCUCAGCCUGUCCAACAACGUGUGGCCUUAAAAACAGAAUCUGCAUUAAAACUUGUGUCAAAGGCUGCUUCUGUAACCCGGGUUUCGUCGUGAGUCCAGAGGGUUGUGUGCCGCCUGAAGAGUGUGGUUGUAAAGACUUCAGAGGCAAAUACCACAGCCUAAACUCUGCUUUCUGGAUCCCAGAUGAUUGUGGACAACUCUGCACUUGUAAGUCAGGAGAGAUGAGCUGCAGCCCAUCUCAUUGCCCAAAAGGAAUGUCUUGCAACAAACUACUGCACAAGAUGGUGUGUCAAUAUGACAAACCACAGAACUGUAGCAUUGUCACUGGGAUGCACUUCACGUCGUUUGAUGGACAUCGUUUUGACCUUAGGGACAGUUGUGCAUAUAUUUUUGUUCAAACAAAUGCCAAUAUCAAUGGACUUGUACCAUUCAAUAUCACCAUCGCUGAUGCCACUUGCAAGAAGUUUUUUCAUAGUCUCACUUUAAAGCUCUCUGCCUAUGGAUUGGAAGUAGUAAUUGGCAAAGAAGACCCUGGAAAACUUCUGAUUGAUGGCCUGCAUAAACACCUACCAUACUCUCACCACACAGGACAUGUCAGUGCCUACCGCACACCUUUAUCCCUCGUUAUUCACCUUGAUAUGGGAUUGCAGGUGAUAGUCUAUAAAACUGGCACAGUGGUGGUUGUGCUUCCUACCAGUUAUGCUUCUUCUGUUCAUGGACUUUGUGGGAAUGCUAACUCUGACCCCCAUGAUGACCAAAAUAUGCCUGAUGAAGAAAAGGCCCAAAAUGUGCUCGAGUUUGCUCACAGCUGGCGAUUGGGGGGAUCGAUGGCUUGUAGGCCAAGCUGUACUUCCAGAGUAAAGAACUGCCUUGCAGAUGCUCAGAAACUCUUUGAAGGCAGUGAUUUUUGUGGGGUACUUGUAGAUGGACUUGGGCCUUUUGCGGAGUGUGCUUUGAUUUUGGAUCCAAAGCCAUACUUUUACAACUGUGUAGCAGAUACCUGUUCUUAUGGGGGACAUAACCUGGCUCUCUGCAGUUCCAUUGCAUCAUAUACUGCUGCCUGUCAAGCAGCUCAGUUGCCUGUCAGGCAGUGGAGAAGUGACACUUUCUGCGGUAUGACAUGCCCUCAGAAUAGCCACUAUGAACUGUGUGGCCCUCGAUGUCCUGAUGUGUGCGCUGGACUUGCCUCUGCCACAAACUGCACUGGUGCUUGUGUGGAGGGUUGCCAGUGUGACCCUGGCUACAUCUUGAGUGAUGGUGAUUGUGUACUGGUGGUCGACUGCGGUUGCUUAAACGAGGGACAAUACCAUCCUGCUGGUUACUUUUACGACGGGAAAAUCUGUCAAAUGUGUCACUGUUAUGAAGGUAAAUUGUCUUGCAGCCAGUCCCCUUGCAGGCCCACAAAAGCCCUCUUGUCACGUGUUAACAUGGUCUAUCAGAGACACUGGCAAUAUGGAGUAUGUGAAGUGUUUGCAGGCUUGGGCUAUGUGACAUUUGAUGGUUUGUUCAUACCUCACUAUGGAGCUUGCACCUAUUUAAUUUCUGAACGCUCUCCUAAAGCUAUACAUGGUCACACUGUGCUGCUGAGCUUUGAGAAAGACAUUAAUAACUUUGUUAUUGCAAGCAAGCUGGCAUUUAUGUUUAAUUACAUGGAAGUGACCAUCAAUCCAAAGACACCAUGGAUAAUACAAGUGAAUGGUGAAGACUUCAGUGUGCCUUACAACAGUGGCAUACUUCAAGCUUAUGAAGAUGGCAAUACGUUAACGGUCAUCACUGUGACAGGGGUGAGACUCGAGCUGUCAUCCACUAAGUAUCUCAGACUCAGCAUACCACCGAAUUUUGAUUCGGCUUCAGGACUUUGUGGGAAUUUCAAUGGAGACAACUCUGAUGACAUGGAACUAAGAACGGGUAAUCUUACCCGGGGUGUUGCAGAGUUUUUGCAUAGCUGGUCUGUUGGACAAACAUGUGGUGACACUUGCAAAGAAGACUGUGGUCUGUGCAAACUGUCUUCGAAUGCCACAGUAAUGUGUGAUAUCCUCUUGACCACAAGCAUUGAGUUCAACCACUGUUGGAGCAAGGGUGUUGAAGCCCAUCUUUACAGAGAUGUGUGCCUCAGAGCCAUUUGUGGCGGGUCAGUCUAUAUGGAGGCUGUAUGUCUGGCCCUUGAAGCAUAUACUGCAACCUGCCAGGCCAAUGGAGUAACUGUAAAGUCCUGGAGGAAGAACACCCCCUGCUCUUACAAGUGUCCACGCAGCAGCAGCCCAAGUCAGUGUGUUGACUCUGGUUCCAACUCGUGUCCUGCCCUGCUGCAGCCCGGGUCCUCAGCAACUGGCUGUUCAGGAGGCUGCCAGUGCCUGAACGGAAAUGUGUUUGAUGGAGGCGAAUGUGUAGCAGUCAGCAAGUGUGGGUGUAUUGUCCAUGGUCAAUAUGUCAAGCUGGAGGAGCAGUUGUACACUGAGAAUUGCACCGAGAGAUGCUGGUGCCACACCCUAGGUGGCGCCCUGUGUGAGAAGGCGUUCUGCAGCCCCUGGCAGAUGUGUGCUCUGAGGAACGGUUCCUGGGGCUGUCAUGUUAAACAGGAAGUUUGUCAACUCAAAGACAGCCUGCAGGUCUCCACUUUCACUGGGCAGCAGCUAAUCUUGGCACCCAGAACGCCCUACAGGCUGAUGGGCCUUUGCAAUGAGGAUGCUGAAAAUUGGUUCAGCUUGAUCUCUUACAACGGACUCUGUGAUGGCAGCGGCACCAGGCUUGUUACGGUCUUCCAGAUCCUUUUCUUGGGAUUCUCAUUAACUAUCAAAGAUGGCAUAGUGAAGGUGAAUGGACACAUUGUGCCCCUCCCACACAGUUUACCUACAGGGGUGUCCCUGUCACAUGGUGUGACCCAGGACAAGUCAGAAGUGGUGGUGAUCCUGAAGAGAGAUUUUGGGUUAGAAUCGGAGUUGGAAAUGGAAUUUGGUGUUGCUAUGUUCACACUCAAAGCAGCAUCAUGGUAUACUGGGAAAUUAUGUGGCGUCUGUGGAAACUUCCAUGACACCAACUCUCAAACGCCACUCAAAUCUUGGAUUCUUUCAGAUUUCCAAGGCUGCUCCACUUAAGCAGUUUGACAUCUGCGUAACAAUGUAUUAUAAUGUUGGACUGCAUAAUAAAACACGUUUGCAUGUUUAA